UCUAUGAGUCUCACCUUGUCUGUAAAGUCUACAAGGGAUCACAGCAGAUCUUAUACCUCCUCCAACCCUCCAUGUCUCCCCACAUAGAAAGAGAUAGAGAGAGAUAGAUAGAUAGAGAGAGAGAGAGAGAGCUGAAAGAUGGAUGAAAGAUCCCAAGGCAUGGAUUUUAUUCCUCCAGAUCUUCCUAUCUUCCCUUUACAACAAACCCAUGAGCUGUUCUUCCAAGCCUCUUCUACUUCUGGUCAGCAACAACCAGACCCACAACAACAUACACUGCCCUUUCCUCCUUCACUAGAUUUCACUGAUCUCCCCCUCAAACUCGAUAUAUCCAAAGGAGGAAGGCGAAAGCCUUUCGCAACUCCCAACUCUUCUGUUGAAACCUCUAAUGAGAAGAAGAAGAAAAAGAUUGUACACAGAGAUGUAGAGAGGCAAAGAAGGCAAGAAAUGGCUAGUCUCUAUGCAUCACUUCGAUCUCAACUCCCUAUAGAAUAUAUCAAGGGAAAGCGCUCUAUCUCUGAUCACAUGAAUGAGGCUACGAAAUACAUAGGAGACCUAGGGAAGAGAAUCCAAGAGCUUAGUGAGAAGAGAGAGAGGCUCAAAAAGAUGCCCAAUUCAGGCCCUCCAGACGCCGUCUCCGACAAUUGUUUGCCGGUGGACACCAUUACAGUCCAACCUUGUUGGGGUGGAGUGGAGGUUGUUAUCAGCAGUGGAUUGAGGAAUGAAGAGUUUCCAUUGUCAAGGGUGAUGAGAGUGCUGGUGGACCAAGGGUUUAGUAUAAUUAGCUGUGUCUCUACUACUGUGAAUGAGAGGUCACUUCACACAAUUCAGUCCGAGGUCAGCGAUAUAAGAACAGUGGAUCUAUCAGGACUGCAACAGAAGCUGAAUGAUUUUAUUGCAUCCUCUUCGAGUUAGGGUUCCAUUGAGUUCAUUGGACAACUUUUCUUACACUACCAUGAUAUGACCAUUGAUCGAUGGAUCGAUCGAAACCUGGUUUUUUCCUUCUAUCUCUCAAUUCUUGAAACUGAAGGGUGUUUUUUCUUGGUGGAUAUUAGAGUUUCACCGUUCUCACAGCCAUCAGAUCGAACUGCGAAUGUCGACAGUGUUUGAUAGUUUGUGGUCCUAUUCAUCGGAGGAUAGAUGUGGAAGAUAUAUACCAGACAUCCUUCAAUGAUCAUUGUACAUAGCUUCCUUCUUAUGAUUGUACAUUUCAAUAAGAAGUGCAAAUCCACUUUGGAUAUUAUUGGAUUUUCCUACACAUUUUUAGGUUUAGUGGCUUAAUUUUUCACCCAAAUAUGAACAAAUUAUAGGAGCUUCAUCUAGAAAGUCUGUCAUCACAUGUCAGGUUCUAGGGUUUUCAACUAGAACCUGAGCUUGUGAUAUCUCAUUUUAUGCUGAACUAAUUUCUUCCUCCACAAACAAAAUCAUAUAUAUCUCAGCAUGCAAUUGUUUUUCGGGGAUUUUCGAUACCAUUGUUCUUCCUUUCUAUCUUUAUUCAAGUGAAUUGGGAGUACUCAACCUCAAAUGCUGUUCUUCCAAAACCCAGA